GUAUGGAUUUCCUAUUUGCUGCAAUUUUUUAAUUUUAGUAUCUACCUUUUGUGCUACACCUGGUAAGUUAAACAACUCAUACUUUUUAAUGUGCAAACUUUACAAUAUGUUUAACUUUAGUUCCUUUGUUAUGAGCUGCAACUAGUAAUUUAAAAAACUAUCACAUUUUAUGUGUAUUCUUGCGGCGAAAAAACCACGUGACUAUUGCGUAAUUAAAAAUAAAAAUAUCUACCAUUAUGGUAUGGGGGCAAACAAACGCAUUGAUUUCACUAAAACGCUUUGAAAAUGUCUUAUAAUUAUCAAGAAAAACUAUCAAAAGAGGCUGCUGAACGUUACCAAAAUAAGUUAGAUUUAAUAGGUAUAAAAAAGUGUCCUUAUAAAUUUGCAUCAGAUGAGUGGAAAGAUGAUCCAACUGAAUGGCCUGCUCUUGCCUAUCAUCAUGUUUAUCAAUUUUUGAUAAAAAAUCCUAGGAUAUAUUCCAGUGAAGCCAUGGAAAAUUUUAAAUCAUUAGAUGCUUACAAAUUUUUUAUUGAUGGAUGGGUUCAAACUAUAAAACAUCAGAAACUUCCUGGUGGAGCUUACAUUCUUUAUAGCGAAGUCAGACCAUCAUUCAGGACCACUGAAACACCUCAUCAACCGUGGGUUGCUAUUGAAAAAUUGGGGAAAGUAUUGGCAGGACAUUGUGAUUGUAUGGCUGGGCUUGGUGAAACAUGCUCCCAUGUAGCUGCAGUUCUUUUUAAGAUUGAAACAGCAAACAGAAUUGGAAUGACUCUUAAUGUAACAACUGAUCUUCCAUGCAAAUGGAAUCAAAACUUUACAAAAAACAUAAACCCAUCUCCAGUUUCGAAAAUAAAUUUGUACAGCAGUAAGGCAAAAGAGAAAUUAAAUUUAUCAAGAAAAUGUUAUGAUGUUGAAGUGACACAUAAUGAUGAAAUGGAUUUCAUUGAGAGUUUGUCAACAAUUAAAACUAGGCCUGUAGUGCUACAUUUUUUUUCCCAAUAUGAUGGACCAUUUAUUGAACAUAAGGUUUCCAUACCAAAGCAGUUGCCUUCAAGCUUAAGAGAAUUUUACUCUCCAAAAUACAUCGAUCUUACUGCUGAAGAGUUAAAUAAGAUAUGUACUGAGAAAAAACAAUCACUCACUCUUUCUGCAGAUCAAAUUUUUUAUGUACAGGAGGCAACAAGAAACCAAGCACAGUGUGAAACAUGGUAUCAGCAAAGAGCUGGUAGAUUAACUGGAUCUUUACUAAGUGAAAUCUACAAACAUGUUAUAAAUGGUACCACUACAUCAUCACUUAUAAAAAAUAUUUGCGAUCCCUCAUUAAUCAUUCUUCAUGCUCCACCAAUUAAAUGGGGUAAAGAGAAUGAAAAAUUGGCUUUUCUUUUAUACCAGUCUGUAAACUUGGAUGGAGUCAUUGGCAACCAGCAAAUUAGCUUGACAGAUAUUUCUUUGCAUGAGGUAUUUGAGGUUAAAGAUGUUGGGUUUUGCAUUGACUCCAAUAUGCCAUGGAUAGGAGCAUCUCCUGAUGGGAUAGUGACUUGUGAUUGUUGUGGUUCUGGAGUGCUUGAGAUAAAGUGUCCGUAUUCUUUGAGAGAAAAGUCACUUUUAGCAGAAAUUAAAUCUGGUUCCUUUUAUGUAUUUGAAGAUAAUAAGCUAUAUUUCUUAAAAAAAGACCAUAAAUAUUAUUUUCAAGUUCAAUUAGAAAUCAGGGUAACUCAAAGUCAAUAUUGUGAUAUUAUGAUUUGGACUCCAACAGAGUUUUUGGUGAUUCGGAUUAAACCAGAAAUAGAUUUUAUUGAUGAAGUUCUUAAAAAAGUUACUAUGUUUUGGGAACAGGAAAUCUUGCCCGAGCUUUUAACACAAAGAAUUGAGACAACUGAAUUGAAAAAACCUAAUGAAAAAUGUUCUUCCCCUAAAAAACCAAUGUUGUAUUGUAUUUGUCAAAAACCAUAUGGUUUGUCAGAUAAUAUGGUAGCUUGUGAUGAUUGCGACAAUUGGUUCCAUCCAUCAUGUAUAGGCCUCAAAAAACUACCCAAAAAAAAAACCUGGUAUUGUAAAGAGUGUCGAAUGAAGAAAUAGAACAGAGCCCAUCGAUGUUGUUACUUAACCUGUCAGUCAUAAUAUGCGUAUAUGUGUUCUGUUUGAAGCUCUAGCACAGUGUUUGUUCACUCGUAAGUAUAUUUGGGUUCUAUUUGGACCUCUGGUGAGGUGUUGGCUAACCGGUAAGUGAAUAUGUUCAUGUUUGUGUUUUGUGUCGACCUCUGGCGCGGUGUUGGCUCACUCGUAAGUCAUUAUUUGUGUGUUUGUGUUUUGUGUCGACCUCUGGCGCGGUGUUGGCUCACCCGUAAGUCAGUAUAUGUGUGUUUGUGUUUUGUGUCGACCUCUGGCGCGGUGUUGGCUCACUCGUAAGUCAUUAUUUGUGUGUUUGUGUUCUGUUUCGACCUCUGGCGCGGUGUUGACUCACUCGUAAGUCAUUAUGUUUAUAAUUUUGUUUUGUGUUAUGUGUGUUGUUAUUGUGAUGUUAUUGUUGUGGUGUUUCGUGUU